AUGGACGACUUCCGCACCGUGAUCAAAGUUGAAAACAACACCAGUGCGUCGUAUAAUUUGCACAGGAUCGUCGGCGAGACCCCAGAGGUUUAUCCUUUGGAUCCAAGCGCCGAAACACCCGCCCAACACAGCUUUCUUAAAUUCAGCUCCACGAUCUUUGCAAACAACGCAUUGAACCUCAAAUGGGAGAUACCUGGGCUCCAAGUCUUGCCUAUUCACGAACAGCCAUGUCUAAUUGAGCAAUACCGACGCGCGAACCCAGCGAUGGCUUUGACAGGUGAAGAUGAUCUUCCCACAAAUACGCUUUCUAGCCAACAAGAGGAGCAAAGAAUUUGCCAUGAAAUUCCUUCGGUAACGGAGCUGGAUAGAGACUUCAAAUUUCCAGUAGCGAGGUCCCGCAAGAACCACCGGAGCAACACCAUCUCGAAAAGGUGCUCGACUUCAAUGAUGGGGGCGGGAGAAUACUAUGUUCAAGAGCAAGAAGCGCAUGGCUUCAAUGCCAUACCGCAGCCUUUUGAUUUCAGUGGUUACGCAAUGCAAAACUGGGACGUCGGUCCUCAGGCUAUGAUUUCCCUCAAGGCUUUGGAGGGCUGGGAUAUGGAUCGUCUUGAUGAACACCCCUCAAGUGAACUGUUUGUCUGUGGUGCAUCUACUUCGGUGACUGCGAGCGCUGGGCCGUUGACGAGUCUACGCAUUGCUUCUGCGGAGUCGAAGCCUGUGGUUGCAACUUUCUCGAUGUCUUGCGAAAGCCGUAUCUCUAUGGAGCUCUGUGGAGAAACCAUCUUGUAUGAUCUCAAAGACUUGGAAUCCAACCCCCGCGUCAUCAUUGAGCUUUUGAAAGUGACAAAGAGCGAAAGGGGUAAUUAUAUGCUCGUGGGUGCUUUUUAUCGUCGAACCGGGAAUCCUCAAGCUGCAAAAACUGUCAUUAAUGCGAUGAUUGAAGAAUUUACCCUGCAAGGCGUGGGUGCUUCCGACUUCAAGCCCGCGUAUCUUUUGCUCUCCGGCUGCGAGACGGACCUCGCAAAAAUAGCGAAGACGGAAGGAAAAGAUACUCAAACAGUCUCUGGUCAUUGCAAAGCAGCGAAGUCGUGGCUGCAGAAAGUCUUCGGUAUCGCAGACCCUUCACGUACUGAAGCAGAGACGAAGGAAAAUCUCGACCACAGCAACCCAUUAUAUGCCAAGGAGUUGAAUGGAACAUCCGACAAAUCUGCUGACUACAAAGACAUACAGGAGCUCGAGCGAAAGAUCCAGUCCUUGCGAGAUCGCAACUUCAACCAGGGCAGGCAGAUCGCUCAGUUACAGUCUCAAAAGCGCAAGCUCGAGGAUGACUACCUACACGAACGCGAUCUGCGUCGAAAAUACCAGCGGAAACUUGACGAGGCAGAGAGAGAUCGAGACACCGCGCGCAAAAUGGAGAAGCACGCUUUGAAUCAGGUUACGCGAGAGGUGGCAGCAAGGCGACAAGCAGAGGAGAAGCUGGGGAAAUGA